AUGGAUAGUAUGCUUAGGUAAAGUUCUGUAGCCUACUAUGGCAAGCUGUUUUAAUAUCUGAAAUUAUGUCUAACUGUUCCCAGUGGUGGCUUGCCUAGAAGGUUACUUGAAGCAAUGGUGGUUGCCAGAUGUAUGCCAGAUGAUUCAAGUGAAAUUGAUUGGCUGCACGUUGUCCUGCCUUUGAGGAUGGUAACAGGAAUUGGACUUGUAUGUGAUGUUGUGCAUGUAUUUCAUGCAACGUGUGCAUUUGAGUGUUUUAUCACAAACUCUCACACUCGCAAUAUGUGUGCCCUCUUACUGUGUGGAUUGUCAGACCUUCCUCUGUAACAGCGGGUCCAUAAAAAAAUUAAUUUCUUCAGGAGAAACUGGAAGGACAUGACAAGUCUACACAUGGUUUGUUGUGUGUGUGUGUGUGUGUGUGUGUGUGUGUGUGUGUGUGUGUACUGUGCCUGCAAGUGUGUGUUUUGCUUUCCUAUUACUUGUGGCAUGUCGAACACUCAUAAUGGGCUGCCAAAAGCCGUUUUACACUCUAUGUUAAAUUUCACGCUCGAGAUCCCUUCACCCAGUGCCGCUCCUGUUUAAUCUCAAACCAGCAAAGAAACUCCAGGAUUCGCCAAAGCCUAAAGAGUAGAGGACCAAGAACGGCUAUCUUGAAGUGUUUUCAAAGAGCGAUUGUGUCUUUUGAGGGUGCUCUGGUGUGUGGGGGGGAAUGGUAUGAAACUAAACUAAACGAGGUGAAGGAGGAGGAAGCUGGGGCUCAACCCGUUCCCCCAUGUCCCUCACAUUGAAAAGCACUUCUCUCAGGCUGUGCCCCCUCCUCGGGUGGCAACACAGUCGCCCUUGUAAAUACAGUAAUGCCCCCCUGGUAGAGAUGUUGCCAGGCAACAAGCUACCAUUAGCACCCCCAUGCCCCUUGGGGGUGUGGUGUCCUCCCCCCAGGAGGGUGACAUCCCAAUGAGAGACUGUCCCACUGUCACACACACACACAGGCCCAGAGCUCAGAGUCACCCUGACCACACACAUUAGCUGGGAUUACCAUUCACUUCACUGGAUGAGACUGAACACUCUCUAAUGGUUUUAAUUGGUGUCAUUAGAGAGCCCUCAUCAUUAGAGGUUUCUAACUGCCAUGUUGUGUGUGUGUGUGUGUUACAGCCUGCGAUGACGACUGUGCUGGGCUCCUCAUCAGUGAUAUGGACAGAUUACAUCGUAUCAUCACUAGUAUCAACCUCACCACCCCUCUACCACUGCCACACAAAGUCCUCUACCGGUUUGAGAACAUGACAGAGGAACUCAAGGUGAAUAGAAGGCACCCAAACACUUCCCUUAGUGUUCUCUCCAAAGAGAGUACUACAUUAUUUCUGUAUUAGACAAAUCUAUGAUUAUUAGAUUCUAAAGAUGUUUAAAGAUCUCUGUAAGGCGAUAUUUUAAAAAUUGCCUUGGAUUUUGCUAAGAUGAACAGAAUCAGUCGUGAUUAAGUUGCCCAUCUGGAAAAGGUGCUGUGUAAAUAUCUCUCAGCUGUUAGUGUCUCUGGGGGAAACGUAGAGCCCGUCACAAACCGCGGCUUCAAACACUCCUCAAAUCCCCUCCAGACGAUACCAUAACUCCACUCCGUUUAGCCACCUCUCCCUCUCACACAAGAACAAAGACACAAUCACCACAAUCUGUAGCAGUGAUAUGUUACACACACAGCAGCAUUCAAAAGUAUUGAUAACAAGUGGUUUGAUAAAUCCUAGGAAAGCAGAGGAGAUGGAGCUGGAGAAAUAAGGCACAACAAAGAUGCAGAUUAUUACUAAAGGGCAUCAUGAGGGGGGCCAAUGAAGACAUCACUUUAUUGCUCCCCUCAUGUGGAAAGCCAGAUCAUUGGCUCAGGCUGGGAUUUUAGAGUCCACUGAGCUAGAUGCCCUUUUGCAGCCGCUGGUGCUCUGCUGCUUGUAGGUCUGUGAGGAGAUAUAUGGCAGGGGCCAUACUGGCAUAACACUGAUGAAUUGGGCUGGGGUGCAAAGUUAAAUACAGGGAAUCGAGGCUCUGCUCACACACACAGAGUAGACACACACCUCGCCCCCCAGACCUGUGGUGAUUUAAAUGGUAGAUGACCUUUCGGCACAGUGCCCCACUCUGACUCUCUCCCCUCUGCAUGUGUACAGUGGGGAAAAAAGUAUUUAGUCAGCCACCAAUUGUGCAUGUUCUCCCACUUAAAAAGAUGAGAGAGGCCUGUAAUUUUCAUCAUAGGUACACGUCAACUAUGACAGACAAAAUGAGAUUUUUCUUCCCAGAAAAUCACAUUGUAGGAUUUUUUAUGAAUUUAUUUGCAAAUUAUGGUGGAAAAUAAGUAUUUGGUCAAUAACAAAAGUUUCUCAAUACUUUGUUAUAUACCCUUUGUUGGCAAUGACACAGGUCAAACGUUUUCUGUAAGUCUUCACAAGGUUUUCACACACUGUUGCUGGUAUUUUGGCCCAUUCCUCCAUGCAGAUCUCCUCUAGAGCAGUGAUGUUUUGGGGCUGUCGCUGGGCAACACAGACUUUCAACUCCCUCCAAAGAUUUUCUAUGGUGUUGAGAUCUGGAGACUGGCUAGGCCACUCCAGGACCUUGAAAUGCUUCUUACGAAGCCACUCCUUCGUUGCCCGGGCGGUGUGUUUGGGAUCAUUGUCAUGCUGAAAGACCCAGCCACGUUUCAUCUUCAAUGCCCUUGCUGAUGGAAAGAGGUUUUCACUCAAAAUCUCACGAUACAUGGCCCCAUUCAUUCUUUCCUUUACACGGAUCAGUCGUCCUGGUCCCUUUGCAGAAAAACAGCCCCAAAGCAUGAUGUUUCCACCCCCAUGCUUCACAGUAGGUAUGGUGUUCUUUGGAUGCAACUCAGCAUUCUUUGUCCUCCAAACACGACGAGUUGAGUUUUUACCAAAAAGUUCUAUUUUGGUUUCAUCUGACCAUAUGACAUUCUCCCAAUCCUCUUCUGGAUCAUCCAAAUGCACUCUAGCAAACUUCAGACGGGCCUGGACAUGUACUGGCUUAAGCAGGGGGACACGUCUGGCACUGCAGGAUUUGAGUCCAUGGCGGCGUAGUGUGUUACUGAUGGUAGGCUUUGUUACUUUGGUCCCAGCUCUCUGCAGGUCAUUCACUAGGUCCCCCCGUGUGGUUCUGGGAUUUUUGCUCACCGUUCUUGUGAUCAUUUUGACCCCACGGGGUGAGACCUUGCGUGGAGCCCCAGAUCGAGGGUGAUUAUCAGUGGUCUUGUAUGUCUUCCAUUUCCUAAUAAUUGCUCCCACAGUUGAUUUCUUCAAACCAAGCUGCUUACCUAUUGCAGAUUCAGUCUUCCCAGCCUGGUGCAGGUCUACAAUUUUGUUUCUGGUGUCCUUUGACAGCUCUUUGGUCUUGGCCAUAGUGGAGUUUGGAGUGUGACUGUUUGAGGUUGUGGACAGGUGUCUUUUAUACUGAUAACAAGUUCAAACAGGUGCCAUUAAUACAGGCAACGAGUGGAGGACAGAGGAGCCUCUUAAAGAAGAAGUUACAGGUCUGUGAGAGCCAGAAAUGUUGCUUGUUUGUAGGUGACCAAAUACUUAUUUUCCACCAUAAUUUGCAAAUAAAUUCAUUAAAAAUCCUACAAUGUGAUUUUCUGGAAUUUUUUUCUUCUCAAUUUGUCUGUCACAGUUGACGUGUACCUAUGAUGAAAAUUACAGGCCUCUCUCAUCUUUUUAAGUGGGAGAACUUGCACAAUUGGUGGCUGACUAAAUACUUUUUUUCCCCACUGUAUGUGUUUGUGUCUCCCCCACAGCACAUGCUCUUUCCACAGAAUUCGCUGGAGAGGCACCUGCAGCUGGCCGACAGUAACCUGGGCAGCCUGGUGACAGAGAUGGACGAUCUGCUGAGUCGGGUAGGUAGGACACUCCUCAUGCCCCAGGCCAGGCUAGGCCAGGCUGCUACUGUCCACUACUGAGGCACAGGGACUGGCACUACUGUCCCUGUUGACACCACAUGGCUGUCCUGGCUCCCCCAUCUUCAUUUGAUCACUAUUUUUUUGCUGAGAAUUUUCCUGCACUGCAAGAAAUUCAAACUUGUAGUGUAUUCGAGGUUUAAAAAAGCUUUUAAAGUUAGUAAUUUACACUUUAAAAUGUCAGAUUUGAUUUGCCCUAAUGAAAAAUUAUAAUCCACAUAAUAAUUCACAUUUCCUGUUACUGCAGGAUUAUGUUCCUACUGUAACAAACUGGCUCAAAUUAAGAUCCUACAUCUGUAGAAACAGAUGAAAGCUUUUGUUUGUAACUUUGCGAUAUCGGUUCUAGCAAGGUUGUCUUUUGUGUCUGUGAACAUAGAAUGUUCUGUUGCAGAAAGAUCCUUGGAUAGAGCUCUGUUACCAAAACACAACCCACAGUCUAUAAGACAUCUGUACUUCUCGUUUCUCUGACAGGAAAACACAUUCUGACAUUGACAUUUUCUUGUCCACAUAACUCAACUGGCAUUCCAUAGACAUGAAGACCACUCCGUUAUGUUGUUUAAUGUAGUCCUAGUCUGUUACGUAAACACAGCUAGUCCAUUCUGUGAUUCACUCAUUCUAUAGUCCUGACCUUGUUGUUUUGUUCCUUGUUGCAAAAUAAAGAUUUAUAUUUUAUUUUUAGGCCUUGGUUAUUGUAAGGAAUCCAUAUAUUUUCAGAGACAUUGGUUCUUUGUGUAAGUCCUGGGUUGUCUCUUUUGAUUCAAACACACAGUCAGGAACAGUACUUAGCGAUUGACCUUGUUGUGCUCAGCUGCUUAAACUCUCUCAAUCAUAAUGUUUUCAUCGAUAGAGCAUUUCUGAAUGGUCUAAAUCAACUCUGACUGAUGGUUAUGAAAUGGAUUUGUUUGACCAGUCACUCUGAGGCUGUCCCUUAGAAGAUUGGGGGCCACAGGAUUCUGGAUUGGAAACGUGCAGUUAACCCACUGGGCACAGACGUCAAUUUAAUGUCUAUUCCACAUUGGUUCAAUGACAUGGAAACAACCAGCGUGUGCCCAGUGGGAAGGGUGCAUCUUGAAUGAACACUCUGAACAUUGGUCCAUCCUGGAUUGGUUUGUCGGUCUAGCUGAUUGAGUGUGUGUGUUCUCUCCCAGGUGACCAAAGUAUCGGCAGACGGCGAGCAAACAGACGACGAUGCUGAGAGAAUCCACGAAAGAGCCAAAGAAUUGGAACUAUUCGUCAAGAACACCCUACUGGCUGCAGAAGGUACAGUACAUUUGUCUACAUUCGUAUAAGAUUCUCCCAUAAACUAUUACAUCUAAAUGACAUUCCUGCUAUAAUGCUGCAGAGCAUUGAUUCAGUGUCGUAAAGGCCAGAGGUUCAGGAUGUUGUGGAAAUCAGUGUCUGGGCUCAGUGCUGUGUCCUCUGCUCGGUGAUUAGACGCAACUGUUUUGUAACAUUUUCUACCGGAUUGAAAUUGGAAGAUGAUUCAGUUAAUAAAGGGCCUGGUUGGUGUAGAGCGCUGGAGCAGUGUAGCCAUGUAAAGGCCUAAUUAAUAGGGAUGGAGGAUGGGGUCUGGAGAAGGCGGUAUAAUCAGUGGGCUGGCACGUUGUGGCUCUUCACCAUGGGCGACAUGAUUAGUGUCAGCAGGGAACCUUUCUCCCCCAGCCUCGCCUUGCCUCACCAGCAUGGACCAGCCCUGCUAAAUGCUACAGCAGGUGGGAUUUGCACUGCCAGAACCAUAUGGCACAGACACGUGCAUGCAUAGAUACACAGACACACAUACACACACUUUCAAAGGAAUGUACACACACACACACACACACACAAACUUUCUCUAACCCAUUUGAGGAUUGGAUUGGAUUGGUUCAAAUGGGCUAUUUACUGAGAGCAAUGACACACUUCAGUGAUGCCAUCCUUAUUUACAUAAAAAUUGUAUUUUCUGACAGAUUUCCAAAAAAGAACUCACUCAAAGUAGGAUGCACAGAGCAUGUCUCUCUUAACUUCCUCACAGAUAUUCAUGAUCACAUAGAGCAGCUUGUAAAAGCAUUCAGGAGGAGAUUGGACAAUUAUUUCAUGCAGAUGUAUUCGGAAAGGAGACAUUUCGGAUUAUGCAAUCCACCAAACAUUUAAGUGUUUAAUUGCCUUUGAAACAUGGUAUGUAAUUAUUCCGCGCCGGAGUCCUUUAAUAGGUAUAUAUUUUGUCUUUGUAAUCACAUUAAGUGUUUACGUUUGAACUGUUCAGGAAUGUAGGGAAUACAUCCGAUUAAGCCUCAUUUUCAAUUUGAUGAUUUAUAUUCAAAUUAGAACCCAAUUGGAGCAACUUAUCUCUCGGUUUCUUUUGAACUGAUUUGGUUUAGAUUUCAAAGACCACAUUCAUUUGAUUACAGUACAUUGGUCUGUCAAGCAGAAUUUGAAUGUCUUUGAAUCAACUUAAAAGAAGCCUCUAAAAAAGUGCUUUUGUUGUGAUGCACUUUGUUCUGCCUUGCCUUUGAGCAACUCAUCUAAUCUGGGCGCUAGCUUCGGUAGCUCGUCCCUCUGUACUCUACGAACACACACACAAAGGCUUGGCUAUACGCAAAUAACAUGCACACGAAGAUGAGUUCUUUGCUGAUGGUGGCGUCUAGUGUAGUGUAGUAGUACGCACUUCCUGUACUAACUGGCCCUUGGGCGGUUUAGAGGCCAGUGUGGAUUCGGCAUUUUGACGUUAGCAGCCUAGCUAACAGACGCACAGCCCUCUCACCCCCCCCCCCCCCCCCCCCCCCCCCCCCCUCCCUCUCGCUCUCUCUCUUUCGCUCUCUCUCUCUCUCUAAUGGUCAUCAUGGCAGCAGCAGGAUAAAACCCUGUGUUUUGAUGAGAGGAGACAUGUAACAAACACUGUUUGAUUUAUAACACAUUCUGUUCUCAGCCUUUCAGCUAGAGGUGACAGUAUAGGACAGAGUGUCAGGAGAUGGAGAAUACUGCUUUAUGGCAGUGUGUGUGCGUGUUCAUGCUUUCGUGUAAAAAUUACAAUGACUUCCCCAUGUCCUCUAUCCUCAAGCUCUGAAAGUCAAGGCUAAAGAGCUGAAUGAGACUCCGGGCAUCAGGAACGGAGCUCCAGAGAAGAGCCUGAACGAGAUGCACCAGGAGAUUGAGACCAUGCUAGCCAAGCUCCGUAAACGCCAGCUGGGAGGCAAGAAACACAUCUCAGAGGAUGAGCUGGGGUAAGGCCUGACUGGUCAACCCCAGAUACCAACCUUUAGUCAACAUCAGAUCACAAACUAUAAUGUCAGUCUAUUAUGGUUCACACAGGGAUGGGACAGUGUAUCCAAGCAUAGCAGCACACCACAGGAGGUUGGUGGCACCUUAAUUGGGGAGAACGGGCUCGUGGUAUUGGCUUGAGCAGAAUUAGUGUAAUGGUAUCGAACAUGGUUUCCCUGUGUUUGAUGCCAUUCCAUUCGCUCCGUUCCAGCCAUUAUUAUGAGCCGUCCUCCCCUCAGCAGCCUCCACUGCAGCACACAGGUCACACCACAUGACUCAUAUUUUUAGGAAUGCCUGGGUCACUAUAAUCGCAGCUAAAUUAAUGCUUUCAUAUAGUAAACAAAGAGGUGAUCCAUUUAAAAACAUGUUGGUAUACUGUAGGAAUUUUCAUUUGCAUAUUUAUUGUUUCACUGUUUUUUAAAAUAUUCUACAAGUAAUUUUGUGGCCAAGCAAAUCUCAGCUGAAUGAAGGAAGUUUACUUUUCUUUUGUGAAAUCUUAAUGAACUAAUUAAAAGUUGCCUGAGGUGGGUGAGAGGAAUAAUAUUCCUUCUAAUCAAACCAGUUUACUCAUGUUUCCUUCUGACUGAGGCCUGGAUGAGUCAUGCAAAAAGAAAGAGGGACAUCUAGUGGCUGGUCUGAUCCACAGAUGGAGGAGAAGAAGAAAGAAAUUAGAGAGAAAGAACAUCUUCUCUCCUCCUCACACCAUACAGUACUCUGAUCUUCCCCUCUGCCUUUCUCUUUCCCCAUCGCUCUCUUUCUUUAUCUCUCUCUUUUUCUCCACCUCCUUCUCUUUCCCUCUCUUCUUCCCUCUCUCUCCCUCUCUCCCCUCCUUCUCCUUCCACCCCCCUCUCUCUCGCUCUCCAGACUGGCAGAGGCCCUGUACCAGAAGGUGAAGCGUCUCUUUGGGGACCCACACAAGGCCACGGAGGACCUGAAGGCCGAGGUGACAGAGAAGAUGGGUGACCACCGGGCCAAGCUGGACGACGCCCAGGCCCUGUUGAAGGACGCCCAGGGGAAGAGCAGGGAGGCUGGGGCCCUGUCCGGACAGAACCAGCGCAACCUCACUGCCCUGGAGGUCAGCAGCCUGUACACACAAACACACACACACUCACACACACACAAAACCAUACACCUCCCAUUUCGCCCUUUUGAUAAUGGGUAGCGGUGUCUAUUCACAGUUACAGUAUAUACACAGUUCUGUGUUGUAGUUUCUGUAAAGUUAGUUGGGCUGAUUGUGUUGUCUGGUCUGCUUGCAGAGAAAGAGGGAUGCUUUGAGCUCAGUGAAGAAAGCAACUGAAGAGGUGCUGGAAGACGGAGAGCGCAUUCUGGCUGAAGCCAACGGGCUCUCAGACAACAUCAAUAAGGAGAUUGAGGUAGGCUCUGUCUCUAAACACCACACACACAAACACACACACACACACAUACACACAUCUUAAACUCCAGUCAGGCCUGUCAAGCCCCCAUCAUUGGGAGAGGAAGACAAACACCUUUACUCUGUUGGAAUGCUUUUGUGAUGUCAGACAGAUGUUGCCUGGAGCACUAUUGGACUUGACCUUUUCCUGCCUAGGCUUUUAUUUCUACAUAUGUCCCACCUGCAUCAAGCCAGGGGUUCAGCUUCAUCUCUUUCUCUCUCUUUCUGUUUGUUUUUUUGUCUGUCUGUGUUGCUCUCCUGCUCUAUCUGGCUUUCUGUCUGUCUCUCUCUCUUACUCUCUCUCUCUCUCUUCUGUGUAGGAGAUGGAGCGUGAGCUGGGUCCUCUCCAUGAGCACCUGGACUACAGGGUGAGCCGUCUGACCAAGAGCCUGAGUGACAACACCCUGACUGACCUGCUGCAGGAUGCUAAGAACCAUGCGGCCCAGCUCAACAAGUCCUCGGGCAUCCUGGACAGGUACGGGACAGACAGACAGACAAACAGACACACAUACAUCAGACUGGUAGUAGUUUUGUUUGCUCUACCUCUGCUAUAAUGAUAUGGUGGAUUGAAUGUAAUUGUUGUUAUUGAAUGUUUUGUUCAUGUAUUGGCUGGUGUCCUAACCAAGUCUCUUGCUGCUUCCUCACAGCAUCCUGGCGGAAGCCAAGAAUCUGUCCUUUAACGCCACGGCAGCGUUCAACGCAUACAGAAACAUCAAGGACUUCAUCGAGGAGGCUGACAAAGAGGCAAAGCAGGCCAGGGCACACGGGACAGAGGCCCUUCAGCUGGUGAGAGUACGCACACACACACACCUACACACAUAUCACCCCUUUACCCUGUGUGUGUGUGUGCGUGCAUGCGUGUAAGGACUCAAAGAGGAUCUCUCUCUCUAAUGUGCUGAGCAGCAGAGAUUUGGCAUUCAAAAGUUUUUGCAUUUCCUUAUUCGUUUCCAUUUGUCACGCUGGAGAGAUCAAAGUCUCAGCGCUGUCGUCCUUAUUAUCAUGACUCUCCCUCCUGCAGCAGGAGCCAGCGGAGGUGAAGAGAAACCUAUUCCCCCUCUCUUUCUUCUUCUGUUCUUCUCUCUAAAGGAGAGAGGGAGAGGCUCAGAAGGCUGAGUGGGAACAUUGGUCUCCUCUGUGGAAAAUCUCCUCAGCCCGUGUGUCCUCUGUUCAAAAACACUGCUUUUUUCUCUCCACAUAUUAUUAAUACAAUGUUGAAAAAGACUACGGUCGUUUUCAAAACUGUGUUGGUAUUUUUGUAUUAAUUUAUGUACUUUAAUAUAUUCAGUUAUGAUGAAUACUCUGAGAAACAGAGCUGUAUUUACCUGGGGUUCUCUCUAUGAGGAAAAUGUGUUCUAAGACUUAUAUUAAUCAGCAUUUGUACUGUUCGUACAUUGUGCAGUUCCUAGGAGUACCUAGUACCACUGUAUGUUUGUAUGUACAUAGUUGUUCUACUACGUUGUUCCGUCACUGUAGAAUGCAUUGUUCUGAUAUUCAAACUUAAAUUAUUGGUGCACACACACAUGCAGGCCUCAGGACCCAAAGGCUCUUUGAAGGAUAACGCCAAGAACUCUGUUCAGAAGAGCGUUCAACUGUGGAACGAAGCCAAGAAAUUAGGGAGCGAUGUGAACGGUAAACCCAGUCCCCCCCCCCCCCCCCCCCCCCAUACAACACCCACCAACUGUGAUGAUAAACGGCAGAAAUAUUUCAAAGAGCUGUGUUUUCUGAGGAGUGUUGGCAUGGAUAUGUGUUUGCGAACCAAGCGGAGGGUGCGGUCUUUGUGUUUCAGAGAACGGUGAGAGUGUGGGCAGUCUCCAGGCCCUGGUGAAAGCUGGUGGCUUGAAGAACAAGGGCUUGCUGAAGGAUCUCGACAAUACAUUAGGGAAGCUGAAUGCAAUCCCCAAUGGUAAGCACACAAACAACACUGUAAAAUGACUUUUGUUUAAAAGGAACAACAAGUGAAACACUUCUCAUUGAUGUGUGUCGCUGCUGGAGCAAUUUAUCAGGCUGAGCCCAGGAUGUGGGAACAGAAUGGAUGGAUUGUAGUGUAGUGGUGUAGCUAUGAGGUUAGAGGACAUCCUCUUGUAGAUCCAACAUGACAGACGUCAAUGCAGCACAGUCCAGGUUAAAUAUGGGAAGGUAUCAGUCACUGAGGAAACUGACAGACAGGGUGCAGUAGAAACAUCUGACAGGUGAGCAGCAGAGUUCACAUAAAGGUUUCUGUAAGUCAUGUAUGACUGACUACCUCCAAUAGUCCGUACCAUGUUGGAUUACCAUUCUCUUUUCAAUUUACAGGAAGACUUUGAUUAUUGCAUACUGUAUACCAACUGUGUUGUCCAGAUACAGCAGCCAAGCUCCAGGUUACCAAGUCCAAGGCAGGAGAUGCCAACGACACAGCCAACGACGUGCUGGCCCGACUGAGAGACAUGAACCUGAACCUGAUGGGCCUGCAGAGGAACAACAGCAAGCUGGAGGACGACGUCAACAAGGUCAACAACAUAAUCAAGGACCCUGAGAAAAACAGUAAGAGAUCUUCUGGGUGUUGUAGUUCUUAAGGGUAGUCAAGCCUUAGCUACAGUAUCUACUGUAUAUGAAAUGAUUGUCUGUGCCAUGUCAUGAGCUGAUUGACUCAAAAUGCACUCUUUUUUUGGGUUCAAACUUUUGUUACUCUGGCACAUUUGUCUCACACAAUGACAUUGUAUAAUUCUGUAUCUCACAUAUUUUUUAUUUUCUGUCCCAUUUUUCUUUUGAACCCCAACAGCUAUAAGUAUAUAUACCUUUUAUAUUACCUGAUCUCUAUUCUGGCAACGUUCAAAGCCUCCUGAGCAACAAAGCUCCUGCAUGAUGACAGAGAGAUGAUGACACAUCAGUGCUGCAUGGGCUGUACGCUAUACCAUAGCUGCAGGAAGAAUAAUAGCAAUAAAAAUCCUCCUUUCUUUCAUUCUGUCUUCCUCAGCAUCCAAUCUCUUUGUUUCACACCAACAGGAUUAAAACGUGUAUUCUAGAGCUUCACUAAGCCUGUUAUCCUAAUGUAUGUAUGCCUUAGAAAGAUUACCAUUGGCUAAUUAUGAAUACAUAGCAAGCCAUUUACUAUGUCAUCUCCUUUGUUCUCAUAACAGCUUUCAGCUCUUUACCUUUAAUGCUUCUAAAUAAGUGAUUAAGAUGCCGCCAUCUCUCCGCUGAUCUCUGACUAAUAGAAAGCAGUGGCUGUGAACGUUCUACAGUAGUUAAUAAGGAAGACUGAUGUUUUUAGACUGAUGUCUCUCCCCUGUGUGUGUGUGUGUGUGUGUGUGUGUGUGUGUGUGUGUGUGUGUGUGUGUGUGUGUGUGUGUGUGUGUGUGUGUGUGUGUGUGUGUGUGUGUGUGUGUGUGUGCGUGUCUGUGUGUCUGUGUGCGUCCAUGCGCGCGUGUGUUUCUUCGUGCCUGUGUGUGUGUCUCUGUCUGCCUGUGUGGGUGUGUGCUUGCCUGUGUGUGUGUCUGCUUAUGCAUGAGUGGUGUGUGUGUGUGUGUGUUUGUGUGUAUGUGCCUGUGUGUGUCUAUCAGUCCAUGUAGUGGGGGCCAAGGUGAAGGACCUGGAAGACGAGGCAGACAGACUGCUGGAGAAACUGAAGCCCAUCCAGGAGCUACAGGACAACCUGAAGAAAAAUAUCUCCCAGAUGAAAGAGUUGAUCAACCAGGCGCGCAACAGGCCAACUCUGUGAGUCACACUCCUCCUCUCCAUCCCUCUCUCUCGUUCUCAACUCCCCCUGUUUUCACAGCUUUAAUCAGUGGCUUCUAAGAUGGCCAUUCUGCUAAUUGUGCCAUCAUCACAGACAUCACGAUUCACAACUCGUUCUAGGACAGUUCAGUCUCACACAGUUGGUUCUUUCUAAAGUGAUGAACAUUUAGUCACCUCCCUCUGAAUCCCUCCACCCUGCUUUACCCUGUGGUGCACAUGCAUUGGCACAGUUUGAGUGAAGGCUCGGUUUAAAAAAGAAAAAUUCAAUCUCAAGGCUUUUUUUAAAUAAAAUAAAAUAAAAAAUUAGACAAAAGACUAAAAUAACAUUGCUGCUCUUGCCUCUAAAGGACCUUGUACUUCACUUCUGUUACAUACAACACAAUUGUGUUUUCCUGAGUGUUCCUUGGGCUUUUUCAUUGCUCUUAGCUUGUGAGCAUCGUAGAGCAAAACACUUGGGCUUUCCUGAGAGUCUAACCUUUUCAGAAUGGGGUCAUAAUAGUUUGUAGCUCAAAUCAUUCAGACUUUACAGCAUACAGUACAAUCAUUGCUUUACAGACAUUUUUGAAAAAUAUAUAAUAAUUUAAAACCGGUAUCCUCCCUUGUUUUACAAACACUGCUGUAGCUCAGCUUCCGUCCACCUCACAGACUAAUGGCGGGCAUCCACGGAUUCAGUGGAAAUAGACACAUCCAAUGGAAGAUCCUUGAGCGUUCCUUGGGCUUUUUAAGUGCUCUCUGUCUGGUGAUCUCUGUCUUUCUCCACAGAUUAAAGUGUCUGUGUCCUCCGAGGGAGACUGUAUCCGCGCAUAUGGACCAAAAAUCAAGAAGGGUCGCUACAACGCCAUCAUUGUGAAUGUGAAAACCACCUCCCCUGAUAACCUACUGUUCUACCUGGGCAGUACCAAAUACGUGAGUUGGAGGACAUAGCACCACACUGGGAUGUUAGUCACCCGUGUGUGUGUGUGUGUGUGUGUGUGUGUGUGUGUGUGUGUGUGUGUGUGUGUUUGUGUGUGGAUACAAUCCGCCAGUAAAUCACUGAACCAUAAUAAGGGAAACCUCAGGGCAACAAAUAAUGUGUGUGAAACGUAACAUAUUAGGGCCAUUUAUCAGUGUUUAGAUUAGGCUCAUCUCUAUUCUGGGAUGUGUAAUGUGUUGUUGGCCAAUUAAUUUGAAAUCAUUCCACCAGUGGUUACUUCUCAACAUGCUAGAUAAAUACCAAUUAUCUUAAAGUCGGAGAGAAAAUAAUAAAAGGUUAUUUGUUUCCCUGUGUGAUCCCCAGGAGAGAGUGGGUGAUAUUGCCUCUAUGUACAGCAACAGCAACCACAGCAAUUAGCCGCCAGUUCAAACCAGACUAUUUAAUCUGGCUUCAUCACUGAUUUCCCUGGGGAAAUCACACUCCUGUUGUUCAUCUCUUGAUUUGCCUGUGACUCUUCCUCAGUAUCUUAUUCUAAUGUGUCCUGCUCUGUUCUUCUACACUGUGUUACAUACACUACACUGCAGCAACCAAGACCCAUAGAGAGAGAAAGAAUAGUAAUGGACCUGUAAUGUUAUCAGAUAGGAGAUUGCAGCGCAGCAUCUUCUUGGCUCAUCAUCUGUCUGCCUCUAGAUUGACUUCCUGGCAAUUGAGAUGCGUAAGGGAAAGGUCAACUUCCUGUGGGACGUGGGCUCCGGAGUGGGUAAGGUGGAGUACCCUGACAUGACUAUAAAUGACGGCAACUGGCAUCGCAUUGAGGCCUCACGGUAGAAUACCAUUGUUAUUCAUAUUCUAUACAAUAUAUUUUUCAGAGCAAAGAUUAUACAGAGAUAUAGAGAUUUGUCUAUCAGUUGAUUAAUUCAUUAAUAUUUUAACAUUGAUUGUGCCAGGUAGGCUUCUUAUUCAAAAGUUAAUUAACUUAUCAUCUGAUCAUUUCUGUUUUGGUCCCAGGAAUGGCAUCAAUGGCACCAUUUCUGUUCAUGCACUGGAGGGUCCCAGAGCUGGCAUCAUGCCCACCUCUAAGAGUGGCACCUCCCCUGAGGGCUAUACUAUCCUGGAUGUGGACCAGAAUGCCUACCUGUUUGUCGGUGGCAUAUUGGGCAGUGUGAAGGUAGCUGAUAUCACUUUGUCAGACAGUAAUUUAUCCCAGAGCCAUUUUGUCAUUUGUACCUGUUUCUAUUUUGGUAGAUGCAUUGGUAUUCACUAUGUGUUUCGUUGUUUGUCCUGUAGAAAGCGGAGGCGGUCAAAACCACUACUUUCUCCGGGUGUAUGGGAGAGACAUACCUGGACAACAAACGUAUUGGCCUGUGGAACUACAGAGAGAGAGAAGGAGACUGCAAAGUAUGUGUGGUUAGGUAGGUCUGGUCUGCAUGAUCAUAUCACAUUGAAUACUUGGUAUGAAUGUCUCUUAUAGUGUAUGGACUUGACUAACUUUUAAAAAGAAGAUCUCAUAUACUUUCAUAAACCUUUUACUCUGAAGUUCACUAUACAAUCUUUGAUGUACUAAAAGUUCACUUCCUCGACUAACCUGUACCCCCGCACAUUGACUCGGUACCGGUACCCCCUGUAUAUAGCCUCGUUAUUGUCAUUUUAUUGUGUUACUUUUUAUUUUAUUUUUUACUUUAGUUUAUUUAGUAAAUAUUUUCUUAACUCUAUUUCUUGAACUGCAUUGUUGGUUAAGGGCUUGUAAGUAAGCAUUUCACGGUAAAGUCUACACCUGUUGUAUUCAGCUCAUGUGACAAAUAAAGUUUGAUUUGAUUUUGCUUCUUGCUGAGUGUUUGGGUGUGUGUGCUCCAGCCCCCAGCCGUCAGACACAGUGGGGACAGUACAGUUUGAUGGGGAGGGCUACGCUGCAGUGAGCCGGCCCACCAGAUGGAACCCCAACGUCUCCACCGUCAUGUUCAAGUUCCGCUCCUUCUCCACCGACUCCCUGCUCAUGUACUUUGCCACCAAGGAUAUGGUAACCUCACUCAUACACAUACCUGUAUCUUAACGAGGACUGGCAAAUUGUUGAACUAUUAAAUAUGCGUUAGAUAUAAAGCAUUUAUCAAUAUUACUCAAUAUACUCUCGCUCUCUCUCUCUCUCACUUUCUCUCCCCCUCUCUCUCCCGCUCUCUGAGACAGAAGGACUUUAUGAGUGCUGAGUUGAGUGAUGGUCAUGUGAAGGUUCGUUUUGACCUGGGCUCAGGCACCGGCUCGGUCUCCAGCAUCAAGAGACACAACGACGGCAGGUGGAAGUCUUUCACUGUGGCCCGCAUGAAGAAACAAGGUGACACUCACACUCAUCAUAAUACAUACAGUAAAACAUUUCACUCAUCUUGAUGUUUCUAGAGCCUGUGUAGUUUAAAGAACAUUUCCCUCAAGUUUAUGUUUCUAGAGCAUUUGUAGCUUCAUCAGAGCAUAUUGUUGAACAGGCAAGUAAUACCUUUACCCUUGUUGGUUUCCUCCCACCUCAGCUACGGUGGCCAUCGUGGACAUAGACUCCAAUGAAGAGGAGAAGCUGGUGGUGUCAUCUCAAGGCUCUGCCACUGGGCUCAACCUCAAGGAGGAUGAGAGGAUCUACUUUGGUGGUUUGCCAACCAUUGGAAACUACAGGUAUGUACUGUAUUCUGUAGGAGGUCAAUCACCUCCACAGUAGGGCCUAAUACUACUAUUUCAGUUUUUAUGCACACACACACACUACACUCUGGGUCUGCAUACUGAACACUACCUUUGAUCAUCAAUCUCACUUCGGUUAACAUGUGUAAAGGUCUGUAAGGAAUCCCUGUAUGGUCAUUCUGAACUUUUCUUCAACUAAACUACACCUCGGAUAGCUUUUCACGUCUGCUCCGUUCUUUGCUCAGACACUCAGUACUGUACAGUUACUCUUUGUUCCUGUUCUUCUCAUAUUGUCACGUUUGGACAUGAAAGUUGAGGGUUGACAAGGCAUAUAGGUAGCCAGACAGACAGACAAAGACUUGAGUUUCCAUUAGAACACCUCUAUCUGCUGCCGGACCUUGAGUCAGUGUCACGUUGUCGCUGGCCUCUCUGGUGUUAACUCUUAUAGAACUGUCACAUAAACAGUAACAAUAGGUUAUGUAGAUCUGACCUUCACAGUCUCCGGCAGUAUGAGAGGUAUAUUCUAUAGGCCUUAUAGAAGUGGUAACCCUUUCAACACACACGGAGAACUGAAUAUACUUUUUAAACUUCUUAUUGUGACAUAUUCUGUCUAUGUUAUUUUUUUAUAUUUUUUAAACCUUUAUUUAACUAGGCAAGUCAGUUAAGAACAAAUUCUUAUUUACAAUGACGGCCUACACCGGCCAAACCCGGACGACGCUGGGCCAAUUGUGUGCCGCCCUAUGGGACUCCCAAUCACAGCCGGUUGUGAUACAGCCUGGAAUCGAACCAGGGGGUCUGUAGUGACGCCUCAAGCACUGAGAUGCAGUGCCUUAGACCGCUGCGCCACUCGAAAGCCCAUGUGUGUCAUACUUGUCCUAAUAUGCAUAUACUUAUAUAUUUUGCUCCUACAGUAUUAAAGCAAGGUAAAAUAUGUACUGUUAAAGUUUACUGUAUCACCUUUUGCAUGUACUUGGCAUAGCCCAUUACUCUCUAAAGCCUCUCUGGUAACUUGGCUUUACCAUGCAAGUUACCAUGCAUUUAGUUCAGAAAAGUAUGCUUAAAUUGUAGAUGCUUUAAUACAACAUAAGCUGGUUAUCAGAAUUGAGCCAGUAAACACCCCUCCAUUUCUCAAUGAAGGUUUUAGAUAUUUGUCCAAAUGAACUCUAGCACCAUAUUCUGAGGACCAAUAGGCUACAGCUUCCACUCCUUUUCAGUCAGUAGCUACUGCUGUAUUGUCACCCCACCACUUCUCUUACAUGCUGUGGAAUUAGCUGGCAAAUUGCUGCACAUUUUCAAAUGAACAUUUAACAAUGAGGCUCUAUUUGAAGCUUUGUAUAUGCUGCGCAGCAGCUGGUGUCUGAUUGUUCAGAUAAAGGUUCAUAGCUUUUGAAUAAACCCCAAAUUAAAGGUAUACAAAAUAAAUGUUCUUAAAACAGCUUCAAAACAGAAACCUGACUUUAUUAAUUUAGAAUGAAUGGAGUCUCAAUGUGGUCUUUACCUCACAUUGUCAUUGGCUCCUGAAACUAGGACAGCGCUUGCACAAUGAACAGAAUGGAAGUCCGAAUGGCAAUUGAGACAACUCUCUCUUCUCUUUACAGGUCAGAGGUUACCAAGAAGAGGUAUGCUGGCUGUAUGAGAGACAUUGAGGUUUCCAGAACCCCCUAUAACCUGCUGAGCAGAUCCGACUACACCGGUCUGACCAAAGGCUGCUCUGUAGAGGUCAGUUUAUCCUCCACAGGUUUGAUUAGCGCUCUUCCUCCUUCAUCCUCAUCUACUUUUCACCACUCCCUUUAAUUAUUCAUAGAUACAGGCCUGCUCAUGAAAUAUGGCCAAACAUUUUGCCUAUAAUCCCUUGAAAAAACAUAAGGAAAUCAAAACGAGUGAGGCAUAUAAAUAACAGAGAAAUCGCUGCUUAUGAAAUAGUUAUUUUAGUUAUGGGAAAAACAUUUUAAUAUUUAUACACACAUUCACACCACAGACACAGAAUGUAAAAAGAGUGUAGCAAAGAAUUGAGUGGGAGAAGUCAUUUUUAAUUUAGCAACGGCUGGUUUGUACGUCUCAGUUGUGUUUGUAAGAUGUUUGCAAGAUUUCACACUCACUUCAGUACGCCUACUUCCAUUUGCUGUGGACCCUGUGUCAAUGCCUGAUGAUGCAUCUGAAAAUGCCUACAGUGGUACUCUAAUUAACAAGGUUUAUUAUUAUGUUCGAUAUAACUCUGAAAUUGAUAUGGACAUUAUAAACAAAACAAUACAGUGUGUUGUACUAUAUUGUACUAUUAUACAGUAUUCAGAUUAUAAAAAUAACUGCCAAUUACUGAUGACUCUCAAUUGAUUGUGCUGUGAAUGAACAUCAUGACUGGUUUCUCUCUCGCCAACAGAACCUCCAUACAGUGAGCUUCUCCAAGCCAGGUCACAUGGAACUGAAGUCCAUGUCCUUUGACGCUAAGACAGAGAUCAGCCUGUCCUUCGCAACCAAGAGUGACAAGGGCAUCAUCCUGUUUGGCAGUGGGGGAACCAAUGGGGCCAGCUCCCAGUUCCAACUCCCCAAGAGGAGACGCAGGCAGUCUGGGGAGGUAAGAGGAGGAGGAUGAAACACACACGUAUACACACACACACACACACACACACACACACACACGCAUACACAUACAUACAUACAUACACACACACACACACAGCUAUCAAAGCAUUCUAACCCAGAACCUAGUCCUCUAUAAUGUCACCUCCUUGUUCUUUAUAAGUCAUUGGAUCCUAUUACCCAGUAGAACUGGAAUGGCUGUUGGAGGUGUUUCUAUGUUCCUGUAAUUGAAUAAGGAGUGCUGUGCUGUCUGGCUGAGUUGCUUUGAAAAACGAACAGCACAUUGAUAAUCAACUCCUGCUAUGUACGAGGCUCCUUAUUAAAUGAACUAUAAAAGAGAUGGAUUGCCUGUGAGCUUUAAUGAUUAUACUUUCACCUGACAGCAAACAAAAAUCGAUCAUCUUUCACAGAGUGCUAAAGGCUGGGAGAUUUGAGAUGACAGUUUUGAUUAAAAUAUGACUUUCUACGUCUCUGUUAGGGCACCCUUCAUCUCUCUCUCAUCUCUCCAUCUCUUCAUCUGCAGACCACCACAUCAAUUAGUGCCUGUGGCUGCAGGAAAUGAUAGUGGGUUUAACCUCUAACAUUCUCCCUGCAAGUGUCGUUAGUAAUAAAUAGAUUAUACAACAGCCCUCUGAUGGAUCACGUCCAAUUUAGCGAUAACCCUUGGUAAAGGUCCAGACCGUCACCUUUAAAAAUCAUUAGACCUAGUAAAUUAAGUGGAUGUCAUUUCGAAUGAGUACAAGUUGGCCUCGUCUGUCUCUGUGUCCUCGUCAUUCAUUCUAUCAAUUUGCGCAGGGGACAGGAGGAACGCGUGCUGAAUCAGACCAGAGGUACUGUAGCAGUAGCACUCCUUAACUUCCCCUCACUCUGCCUCACUCUCCCCAGGCAAACUCCCUCUGUGCAUGCUAGUCUGCAAUUCCAACGCCGUGGAGGGAUGUGCUCACCAUCUCGCUGGACUGAUUACAGAGGAUUUAAUCAUAACAAGGGGCACUUAAAUCUAUCUACUUAUCGUCUAGUAUGUUUCAGAGAGGGCUGCGCUUUCUUUGAAGCUCUGUCCAAACAGAAUCCAAUCAAGGCGUGUAGAGAAACUGAGGACUUACAUAAAUCUUACAGGCCCUCAGGGUUGAAAAGCAUAUCAGUAUGCAAUUAUGUAAAGUUGACUUCCUUUCUCAAAGUAUCUGAGGUUUCAUCAUUAUUGAACAGAAUUGUCUUAAUGUUUCUGGCCAAUGGCAUAAUGUUCUUAUUGUCUUUGAACAUUCAAGGCUCCAUAUUGUAUGAAGCCUGUUCUGACUUGCUCCAGAUUGUGUCUACUAAACAAAGGCUUUAUGCACUGUGUGUUUAUGUGCAAUAUUGAUUUUCUGUAUAACCCUGUGUCCCUGAGUCUGUCCUGAGGUGGUGUUGGUCAUUUAGAUUGGGUGGUGUUGUGCCUCCAUGGUUCUCCCCCCUCACGCCCCCUUUCUUCUCCCCUGCCCCCUGCAGCCCUUCCUGGCUGUGUUGCUGAACAAGGGGACCCUGGAGGUGCUGGUGUUUACAGGCAGCCACAGCCCACGCAAGAUGGUCUGCAAGCCUGACCACGGCAUCCUGCACGAUGGGAGAGAACACACCCUGCGCAUUGAGCGACUGGGCGUCAGGUAAGGAUCACACACACACACAUUGCUAUACACUGAACAGCCUCACAUAGCACAAUAACUUGUGUCUUAAUGAACUAGUUUCAAGCCAUUCAUUUUUAGCUGUCUCUACACAGAGCUGGCUCAAAGUGUAUCACUGUCCUGUGUGUGUCUCUGUCCAGGUCAUUUGCAGUCCAGGUGGAUGAGGAGCUGAAGAGGGAGCUGGCCCUUCCCAACGACCAGCCAAUGGGCAUCAAGAGACUGUUCAUCGGGGGUAUCCACGCUGACGUAGAGCUCAGCUCCCAGAGACCCAACGUCCCUUUCGAAGGCUGCAUCUGGAACCUCAUGAUCAAUACCAUGUACAUCGCUCACGUCUCCUAUUAUCUCCAUAUAACUAUUCAUUAUCCUGAUCGUAGAUAUUGGAUCAUUAUUAGUAGAUAUUAUUAAUGGAAGGCUUUGUGGGACGUGUUGUACAUGUGAAGUAGUUGUGAGCUGUUUCAUGGUGCGUUGGUUUCUCCAAGUUAAACAGGUUGUAAAUGCAGUCAUUUGACUCCUUGACCUGUUUUGACAGUUUUUCUCUAUGGAUGAUAAUACAUUCCUAUCAUUAGGCUCAGUGCUCUCUCUCUCUUCCCAGUGGACUAAACACAGUUCACCCAUAUUUAGUUGGCUUUAAUGGGGCUGUCCUCUGUGAUAACCAUGUUCAUAAUUCAACUGAUUACACAUCAUCACCCAUUAACACACUUUAUUUCUCUCCCUCUCUCUGUGUGUUCGUGUGUGUGUAUUUCUGUGCGCACGUCCAUGCGUGUGUUUGUAUGCCCGUUUAUACCCUACAGCCUCACAGACUUCUCCCAGUCUGUGGCCUUUGAGAAUGCAGAGAUCGGCCAGUGUUCCAACCUGGCCCCUCCCCCUCCCCCUCUGCCCCUCCCAGAGGAGGAGCCUGAUGAGGAAGAGGAGAAGGCCAAGGGAGAAGACGUGUCCCAGCCGGUCCAACCUAAGGCUCCACCACCCACCCCGACACCCAGACAGACCCCUCCACCUCCCACUGUAGGUCCCCCUCCGGUCCAACCUAAAGCUCCACCACCCACCCCGACACCCAGACAGACCCCUCCACCUCCCACUGUAGGUCCCCCUCCGGUCCAACCUAAAGCUCCACCACCCACCCCGACACCCAGACAGACCCCUCCACCUCCCACUGUAGGUCCCCCUCCGGUCCAACCUAAGGCUCCACCACCCACCCCCGACACCCAGACAGACCCCUCCACCUCCCACUGUAGGUCUCCCUCCGGUCCAACCUAAGGCUCCACCACCCACCCCGACACCCAGACCCCUCCACCUCCCACUGUAGGUCCCCCUCCUAUGGGUAUAAUUUUACAUUUACAUUUUAGUCAUUUAGCAGACGCUCUUAUCCAGAGCGACUUACAGUUAGUGAUAGCAUAUUAUUAAUUUAUUUCACACUGGCCCCACAAUGAACCCACAACCCUAGCGUUGCAAGCGCCAUGCUCUACCAACUGAGUAAAAUACAAUAAAGUCACAUUAAAGGACUAAGUUCCCACCCUAUGAUGGAGUGAUAUAUUAUCCCCAUAAAGAGCUGACAUCCAUCCCCAGCACAGCUCAGCCAGACAGACCAGUUGGCCCCGAGUCUAAAUACACCAUCAGAGAGGUUGAUGUGGCUGGAAUAAAGAAUGGGCUGUUUUCCAAUCCAUUAGGUCUGCUUUAUAGGUAAAGCUGCAGUGUUGACAGGGCUCUUUCUCAUAGCUCCACUGCUCCAUAUAUCCUCUUUGGCUGACAGCUGAGGUACUGUAGCAGCUCUCUCUCUCUCUGUCUCUCCUCUCUCUGUGUGUCUCUCUGUCCUCCUCUCUCCUCUCUCUGUCCUCCCCUCUCUCUCUGUCCUCCCCUCUCUCUCUCUGUCCUCCUCUCUCCUCUCUCUGUCCUCCCCUCUCUCUCUCUGUCCUCCUCUCUCCUCUCUCUGUCCUCCCCUCUCUCUGUCCUCCCCUCUCUCUCUCUCUCUCUCUCAUCCAUCCUUCCAAACUCAUUCAUUCUCUGCUAACCAAGGUGCCUUGCAUUGGCCAACACCACCUGUAUUUUCCUCAUAUAUUCUCUUGAUAUAUCUCCAUGGUAUGUAUCAUCGUAGGCAAAUUAAUAGAUUGCUACAGUAUUGCCACUGGUAGUACCUCUCUUUUCUUGUAGAAAUUAUGUGUAUUUCGGUAAUCAUACUGUAAUCUUUUUUUUAGCACUGUUCCUCUAGCUACCUGCUGUGCUGACUUUUCGCCAUUCGUGACAUCAGUGCCCCAGCCUGAUUGUUGGGCCGCAUGUGUCAUGAAUGCUGUAGCAAAUACGAUUGGCUGUGUGUAACCCAGCUUAACCCUUUCACUCCCCCCUUGCCCUGCUGCUGCUUUAGGACGCGCCCUCUGUCGUACCUCCAGAGCUCAGCCCCGCCACAGAGGAACCCGACCACACCGCUGUCACAGUCCCACCGGUACCACUCCACUUUACUCACUCACUUGUCCCUGCGUGUCCACAUUCUUACCCUCCUGAGCCUUCUUAGCAUGUGUGUCUGCGGAACCUUCAUCUUAAUGGAUUUCAGCCAUAGACCUUCAACACCAAGCCCCCUGUGUGAAGAUUUGUUGCUCAUGUGAAAUAUACAUGCACAAACUUUCCAUGUCCAUAUUCGUAGUAUUGCCAGAAGACAUUUGACUUUCAAUAGGGAUUUUCUUAGAAGAUCAUUUAUUUCUAAGUAAAUCAAUAUGGUUGUAGUAGUUCUGAUUUAUAAACAGGCUAUAUAGGAUAUAUGCUGUACCAUUUGCAGUGUGAAAUAAGUGUAUGCAGUGUAAAAUAAAUGCCCUUUUAAGCAAUUGGAGCCUUUGUGGCUUAACAAGAAUAUAGAAAAAAAGAUAUCAUGCAAGGUCAGAGGAAUAGGGAUGUCUUCAUGUUCUGAACAGAACCAAAGAAGUGAUUCAGAUGUUGGCCUUGCAAGGUGGCCUUGCAAAAACAAAUGUAAAUUUUCCGAUUGUCUCAAUAGCAAAUCCAUGUCUUUUUCAAUAGCACCAUCUACUGGCACAUGUUAGAAUAGCACUUCAGAUAGAAACAGAAAGCAGGUAAACUAUAUUCAUAUUAAAAUGAAUGUUUGCAUUGUGUUUUUAAUGCACUCUUUGAAUGAGAUCAUGUUAGCUAAUAUUAUAAUUUCAAGACGACUGCUACUACCCCCCCCCCCCCCCACCCCCCACCCCCCACACACACACAGGUUUCCUGUGCUGCCGAGGCAUCUCCAGUGGUCUUAGAGAAAGCCAAACAGUUUGGGCUCUCCAAAAACAGCCAUGUUGCAUUUCAAUUUCAUGACACAAAGGUUAAGAACAGGUAUGUAGCGUUUCAAUUGCUUUGAAAAGUCCAAAUGAGACCUUUCUUAUCUAGAUCAUACAUACUAGUCGGUUCUAAUGUAAUUUAAAACAUGGGUAAUAUCUGCAAAUAUCAUAUUGGACUGGCUGUUGUGAAUCUGUUUGCUUGCAGGCUAAUCAUAGAGUUUGAGCUGCGGACCACAGCAGAGUCAGGCCUGGUGUUCUAUAUGGCAAGGAUCAACCACGCUGACUUUGCCACCAUCCAGGUGAAGGAGGGCGUGGCCCACCUCAGCUACGACCUGGGCCACGGCAACACCUCCGUCAGCGUGCCACGCAUCAUCAACGACGGACACUGGCACAAGGUCUGGGAUUACGUGAUGUACCUCUCGAGCCAGCCGGGAAAACAAUCAUAAUAACAAUUUAUGACCCCUAGCAUGGUGUACAAAGUCUGUUGGCAGUUACGAUCAGUUCUACUUCACUGUCUGAGUGAGUUUAGAUAGUGAGAGCAGACAGCUAAAUACUGUGUCACAAUGACACAACUACAAAACCACAUCAUUUUCUAUUUGACUAGUUCAUUGACCAACACAGGUAGCAAGCAAAGUAAUCAGGAACUACAGUUCUUUAUUUUCAUCAUGUAUUAAAGAUAUGUAUUGUUAUUGUCCUUGUUUACCCCUGAAUCUUUCCCCUUCUGCUGUCUCAGAUCCAGGUGAUGAGAGAGAAACAGAGAGGUGUACUGGUGAUAGACAACCGCUACUCCAAGCACACCACCAGCCCCAAGAAGGCUGACAUCCUGGAUGUGGUUGGUAUGCUGUACAUAGGUGGCCUACCUGUCAACUACACCACCAAGAGGAUCGGACCAGUACGUUCAUACACGCUUCCUCACAUUUGGUUUGAUGGUGCAUUUCAUUUGUAGGAAGUAAAACACAAAGCCUUAUACACUGUAUUACUGUAAUUGUAUGUAUUUACAUUUGGGUUGAUAUUAGAAGUAAUUAUUUACUAUUUAUGGGAUAGAUUCAACAGUAAAUUAAACUACUCUGUGUAAAGUCAUAUGUAAUAGCAUAGUUAAAGGUGUGUUGUGUUCUUCUAGGUCUUGUAUAGUAUCAUUGGCUGCAUCAGGAAAUGUAAGAUGCUGGGUAAUGUGUUGGACAUGGACACGCCCACCUCCAGCCACCAAGUGGGCAGCUGUUUCAUCAGCACUGAGAAGGGAACCUACUUCGAUGGCACUGGAUAUGUUAAAGCAGGUACAUUCUGACACUCAAAACUUAGAACUAUAAGAAAAACUCCAGGCCGUAGUAACAUAACUAUAAGGUCCUGGGGUUUUCCUGGUCAGGCCACAUGGUCAGGAAAAACUCCUGACCCCAUAAUGCAAUACAUCCCAUCAAUGACAUAAUAUAAUAACUCCUCGUACACCAAAGUUUCACAGAUCUCGUUUUUAUGAAAGUAUAAUGACUCCCUGUCAAAAUAAAGGUUAAAUAAAAAUAGAGAACUUAUUAUUCAAUCUCAUGAGAGUUGUUGUAUCAGUUCUUACUGUUCCCUGUAUCUCCUCUCCUUUGUGGUCCAGUGGGUUCCUACAGGGUGGGUCUGGACGUGUCUCUGGAGCUGGAGUUCCGUACGUCCCAGAGCAACGGGGUUCUGCUAGCGGUCAGCAGCCAGGUGGACACCAAGAUGGAGGGCCUGGGCAUCGAACUGCACGGCAGAAAGGUACACACAAGCAUGCAAUACAAUGCAAUACAAUACAAUGCAAUACAAUACAGCUUUGUUGUCCCACAUACAUUUAAUUCUAACCAGACUCUACACUCUCUUCUGUAAGCCUAACAACAACCAUGAGUGUGCAAUGCUAUUGUACUGUAUAAAUUCAAUAAUGGGGUUCAAGAGAAUCAUGGUUGUUCAUAAAUAACAGUCAUGUUUUGUGACAAACUGCCUAUUGGACAAGUUAGGUUUAUUCUGAGUAUGUCUUCUCCCCUCCCUAGCUGCUGUUCCACGUGGACAACGGGGUGGGCCGGAUCACAGCCGAGUACCAGCCUGAAGCAGAGGCAGGCCUCUGUGACGGUCAGUGGCACUCAGUCACUGCCCACAAGCUCCGCCAUAGGCUGGAGAUCAUUGUAGACGGCAGGAAGGAGGAAGCAGAGAGCCCCAACGCCAGGUCCAACACCGCUGACACCAACGACCCCAUCUACGUUGGUGGAUACCCAGGUACAUGAUACGACAGCACUCACCAAGCAUAUCACACCUGGGACAUGUUCAGUAGAGGCACCGUUGUGGAACAUUGAACAUUCACUUAGAACUGUAUAAUGUAGAACAGACAUACCUCUGGAAUCAGGUUACAUACCAACUCCUGAACAUGACCCUGGAUACUGUGUGGGACAUUCAAGUUGUGUGCCAAACCAUGCUUCACUACAAUGUUGAAGAUGUUUGUGAUUUACUUCCUAUCUAAACCUCAGGAGAUAAUCAAAGUUAUAACCUCCAGCAGUCAUCGGCUUCCUAAUUUAUGAAACAGAAUCAUGAAUUUGCUUAAUGGGGCAGAGGAUUACAGUCAUAAAUCAACCGCUGUCUUUUAUGUCUUUUCCAGAGGGGCUCAAGCAGUUUGGCCUGACUACCAGCACUUCAUUCAAGGGCUGCAUGCGCAACCUGAAGAUAACCAAGGCAUCCAAAGUGUUGGAGGUUCAAUUCAACAAGGGCCUGGAGUUCAAGGGGGUUCAACCCCUCACCUGCCCAGCCAAUGCAGCCUAA